UGUCGUCGUUUUGCAAAGGAUGAAGAUAAAAGGAGACGGCCAUUCGUCCAUGUUUGGUGGAUUCGAUUCAACAAACUUCCGACAAAUAUCCUCCGUCUUCUCCGAGUCUCCCGUCUCUCCAAUGGCGCUUAAACCAAACCCUCAGAUUUCUCCGUUUCUGAGUUCAUGAAGCUUCAAGGUCUCUGUCUUGUGCUUUUCUCCUCAUUUUCCCUAUUUUCAGCAGAAGGGUAUGUCAGGUUACUGCUCAACAACUUGUCUCCGGUGGAAAACUCGAAGCUUUUGUGAGUUUCUCUGACGGGUAUUUCUCUGAUCGAUCUCCGUAUUGUUUGGUGGUGUAGGGCUUUGGGGCAUUGCUAGUUGCAGUGGUUCUCUCAAGUUUCUUGGUUUUCGAUUGGAAGUUACUUGUGUUGCGCUGUCGAGGUUGAGCUCGUUUCUCGCCAGUGCAGAGACCAUUUGGUGUUUGUAUUGAUUGUUGGAGCGUCAUUUGGUCGUUUGGAUUGUCCUAAAGAUUAAUUAGGGAUUGUUUUCUGCACUUGCUGCUUAAAGUUUGGAUGCGAAGCUGUUCUAUUUGGCCUCUGUUUCAGUUUGUUCUGGAGAAGUUGGCUUGUGUUUGGUACUGAGAUUUAGAGGCUUGAUUCUCCUGUUUGCCCUGUAUCUGCCUUGUGUCAACGGUUUCCACGGAUUGGCUUUCUGUCUUAGAGGCAUUUAUCGGUCUUGUGGGAUAGAUGAACGGUUUGAUUCUGAAGGAAGAGUGAGUUGGUGGACCAUAAUAUUACCUGUCAUGGAAAUGGUCUUGCUGAAUCCUGUGGUACCUGAAGUUGGGAUGAAGAGACACUGUAAUGUUGAAUUCUGAUGUCCUCGGGAUUCUUGAAGACGAGAGAGGGAGAGAGGAGAGAUGGAUCUAUGGUUAAUUGCAGCCACAGCUGCCACAGGAUAUAUAGCCAAAUAUGUGCAAAAUGUAUCAAAAGGUAAAGAUAACUUUACUGAGGCUUCUUCUGAAGAUUUUUCUAAUGUGAAGCCAGAAUCUCCUAGAUGCAUGGUUAGCAGAUUGGUGGGUGUAAAGAAACCAAAGGAAGAAAGUUUUGAGACUAGAAGAAUGAUAACUGAUGGGAAAAGCUUGGAUAUUCAGGAACGUGACAAUGCAUAUAGAAUGGAAGAACCAUCUACCAGUGCAGAGGGCUCGGGAAAUAAUGAACGUAUUCAUUCAGAUUAUUCGGUCAGUUCAGUGCCCGAGUUUGCAGAUAAUGGAAGUCAAAAUUGGCCAAUCCAUGAUUUUCCUAUGGGUGACAGAAAAACAAAUCUUUUUCAGAGUUCUUUUAGGAACAGAACAUUUCUGAGGAGAAAACAACAACGAUACAAGCGUCUUGUCCAACCUUUGAACUCUGUAGAAAGCUGCCUCAUAACUCAGUUUCAUAGGGAGCAAAUGAAUAUGGAAGAAUACAUGCUUAGCCCGUUUCCAUCACCUUGUGCUCCAGUUACAAGGCCAUUGCUCGUGACUGAUGGAACACGAGUGAUUAACGCAAAUAGUUUAGGGCCUUUGAGCGGACAGAUUCAGAAUGAAGAUAGGACUGAUCAUGCACUCGGGAUCCCUCCGCUUACAAAAUUGCAGUCUUCAUCUGUAUCUAAUAAGAGGAGAAUCGGAAACAGAAGGACAACUGUUAGCAGAAGACAUGCUCAUGGACAUGGACCAAAUGAUACAGCCCUACUUUUAUGCAUUGGGAUAUCAAUCGGAAUGAUCUCCUUCUUCAUUGUAAGGAAAACCGAAGUGGAUAAACUCAAGAAUGUGCUAAAGCAGACAGAGAACUUGGUGCAGGAUCUACAAGAUGAGCUCGAGAUGAAAGAUUCAUUGACGGUGAGGGAGCUAGAAAAUGAGAACAAAAAGAACAAUGAUCUUGACUGCGUAGAAAAUGAUGGUAGGCAAUGUGGUCAAAAGGCCGAGAAUUCAGAAUCUAUGAGUAAAAUCGAGGCAGAGCUUGAAGCUGAACUGGAAAGGCUAGAGCUCAACAUAAACACAUCCAACAUCGAAACACAACUCUCUGAUACGAUUGGGCUGGAUCCAGAAUUCGAAGUAGACUUUGCACGAGGCGAACUGAGAGCAGAUAGGAUUAAAAGGCAACCUUUCGAGGAAACCGAGUCCAACCAGGAUCCAAGUGGCAACUCCACACCCGAAUCAGGGAAUUAUGCAGUCUCACCUCGUGAGUUGAGCUUGCGGUUGCAUGAAGUUAUCAACUCACGUCUUGAAGAACGGAUCAAAGAACUCGAGGUGGCCCUUCGAGAGAGUCAGAGGGAGGUGGAGCAGAUGCGAAUGGAAGCAGAACACAAAAAGAAUUCAUGGUCAAGGUUGUGGGAAAGCCAUGAUGAAGUGAUUAGACAUGAGAGAGAGCGGGAAACUCCAGUUGCUAUGGAACACACAGAGAACAAUCCCGUGGAGACAGAACCUCUGGUUAUGAACUUAGCAGGAGAAGCGCUUGAUGCUUACAAUGACGCUUACGAUGAACUGAUGAAAAUCAACGAGGACUCGGAAGAAGAAGAAGAUUUGCCCACCAAAACACAUGAAGAAAGGAAUCGAGAAGGAUUGUUGAUGGGCAAGAACACACCUUGGAACCACAAGAGAUACAUAAAGGACCCCUCGAGAACGGAAGAGAAUGUGAACUUGAGCGUGCAGGAACUGCUAGAUCUUGUUGGUCUGAGUGAAGAUGAAGAUGAAAACAGCGACUGCGAGAGUGAGAUGGAGAAGCAAUUGAUAAAGCAGAUAGUUGAGAAAACAAAGCAAGGAUCUCCUGUCGUGCUGAAUGCUCAGAAGAUGCUAUUUCUCAUGGAAGAAAGGGAAGAGAAUCCAUGAGAGUGGUGAAACCUUGACUCUUGUCUGAAGCAGACUUGCACGUCUAGUUAGUGUGUAGAAAUGUAGAUUCGUGAACUAAAGAUCUUUCAUUUUUUUGGGUCUAAUUGUGAUGCACACAAUUGUUGCAAUCAAUGACAAGAACAAUGCCAAACUCUGGGAAAAAAAUAUAAAAGAGAAUGAAAGCUUUAGCUACAA